AUGUAAAAAACACCAUUUAAUAGUUAAAUAACUGCAAUUAAAAAAAGUUAAGUUACUUUAAUUAACUUUCUAACAGAUAGACUAAUAUUUUGUUCUACUCAAUUAAUAAAAAUAAUAAUAAUAGUUUUUAAUUUUUUCAUAAAACUCAACAAAAAUAUGUCUGCUUUCACCAAAUCUAUCUGCUAAACAACAACCAGCAACCAUCUGAUUUUGAAUGAAGUUUAUUUCUUUAUUGAUUAAAUAAGUAAAUAAUUUACCUUGCUUUUUCUUUUGGCUAUUGGCUCACUUCCUUCUCCUUGCUUUCUUUCUUUUAUAAGAAAAACAUAUUAAUAAUAAGUAAAAGAAAGAAAAAAAAGUAAAACACAAAAAAAUAAAAUAGGAGGUAUAUUAAAAUAAAAAAUACCUUAACCUUUCUCCGCUAUCUAUUUAUCUAUCUAUCUAACAAAAUAACUAACUAACUUAUUUUCUCACACACACACACUAACUUUUUAUAUAAUAUUUAUUAAUAUUUGUAAAUUGAAUCCUUAAACGAAUGCUAUUUUAAUACGCUUUUAGCGAUUAAAUAUGCAUUUCUAAACCUAUUAUAGCAUUAUUUAUAUAUAUAUUAUAUAAUAUUUAUUGUAUUUGUUUUCCUUUAUUUAGAUUCUUAUUAGAACCAUCUUUCUAUCUUUAUUUUAUUAAUUCUUCUAUUUCUAAAUUCUUAGAUUUUUCUUUGAUCUAAUUGUUACUUUUACCAAAUUUUUCUUCAUACCCAAGCAGAAAAAAAAAAAACAAUAUAUGCCAUCAAUUUUUUUUGUUAAUUAAAAUUCCUUUGGUGUUGUUUAUCUUCUCUUUAGGUUUACUUAAUAUAGGACUAGAACCACUUAUAAUCACAUCAUCAACAAUCAUUUGUUUAUUUAUACUUUAAAAGUAGUACCACUACUAUAUACUGAAUACAAGGUAAAGACCUUACAAUUUUUUACUUUUCUUAAUAAUAGCUCUUUUAUCUCAAAUUAAUAUCUUAUGUAAAACUUACACAUUAAUUAUCAAUUACUUUCUUAUGCAUAAUUUUUUUUUUCUUCUAUUUGA